CUCCUCCAUUCCUGUCCCGCAAACCCCCGAUCUACAAUUCUCCAUCUCCGUUCUCAGGCGAUUUUCGCCGCUCUCUCACUUUACACCACCUCUUAAUCUUCCCGUUCAUCUCAUAUCCCUAACCAAUUAUCAUCUGAAAUCAAAUACCAACAAGGAUCCUUUUACUCGUUAGGGUUUUUCUGUUAGCCGGGAUUUCCAAAAAAAAAUGGGAAGUUCGUCGACGAGCAGUGUAUACAUCCAAGUCAUCGAAGACGUCAUCACCAAAGUCCGGGAAGAAUUCAUCACCAAUGGUGGUCCGGGUGAAGGCGUUCUCAACGAACUUCAAGGAAUUUGGGAGUUGAAGAUGAUGCAAGCUGGUGCCGUAUUUGGCCCUAACGACAGAUCUUCAUCGGCAAAGUUGCCGGCCCUUGGAGCUCCGGCCAACACUGUUCGUGAUCUAAAUGUGCCCUAUGAAGGACCUGAAGAAUUCGAGACACCUACAGCUGAUUUACUUUUCCCUCCGACACCACUACAGACUCCAAUUCAGACACCAUUACCAGGGAGAAUCGAUCAUUCAUACAAUAUACCUACUGCUUCUACUCCCAUAACCCCAAAUAAUCAUCCUCCUGUAGAUGAAAAUGACCAAUCUGGGAGGCCUAGCCAAUUCAUGCAGCCACCUUCUUCUUGGUUGAACCAAAGACCACGGCUUGAUGUUAAUGUUGUUUAUGAAGAAGGUGAUAGAGAAACAGCCCAUCAAAACAUGGCUCAGGAUUUUCUGCAGUUGACUUCUGGAAAGCGAAAGAGAGAAGAGUUUCCUUCACAAUAUCGUCCAAGUGGAUAUAUUCCACAACAAGAUGGAUCUGGAGAUGUUGUAGCUGAUGAAUUUGAGAUAUACAACUACCAGGGGGUUGUGAAUGAAGACUACAAUGUUGCUAAUACACCUGCUCCACCUGAACUACAAGGGCAAACUCCCAGCUUGGUCAAUCAGAAUGAUGCUUUAGAUGAUGAUGAAGAUGAAGCUUUGAAUGAAAAUGAUGAUGAUCUGGAUGAUGUUGAUGAUGGCAAUGAUGAUGAUGAGGAAGUAAAUACACAAAAUUUGGUUUUGGCCCAAUUUGACAAGGUGACUCGUGCAAAGAAUAGGUGGAAGUGCACUCUAAAGGAUGGGGUUAUGCACAUAAACAACAGAGACAUUUUGUUCAAUAAGGCUUCAGGAGAGUUUGAUUUCUGAUUAUUUUGUCCCAAACCAAAUGAUCACAUUUUGAAGACGAGGUUAAUCUAGAGCAAUCAUGCAAACAUACCAAAUUUUGUAAUUCCAUGUAGUAAAGAUUGUAAGCAUGUCUUUGGAUAGGGUUAUUUUUUAAAAAGCAAAGCUAGAAUUUAUGUGAUUCUUGAUGCUCUUGAGGGAGGGAUGCUUAACUGUUGUACA